GCGGAACCUUUGCUGCGGGAGCGCCUGUUGCUGCCCGGGGGAUCGUCUGGGUAGCUCCAGCUGAGGGGACGCUUUACUGUUGCGGAACCCAAGCGGAGGGAGAGAGGAGCGAGAAGAAAGAGGCGGAGGCGGUGACAACGACUCGGGUAAACGGGGGCUGGCGCGCCACCGAGAGCGCGCGGAGCGCCUCAGCCCCCGCUCCCUCCGCGGCUUGGCUCGCAGCCCCACUAGGAGGGCUGCCUUAAGAUAGAUCAUGAGCAGGUAAUGCACAGAGAGUGCUGUUGGAAAUCAUGUCGGACGAGUCAAUCUCAGGGAGUGAUCCGGACGUGGACCCGGACUUGGAGCAGGAGGAUAUGGAAGAGGAGGAGGAGGAAGAGGAGGAGGAAGCAAUGGAGGAGGACAAUGAUGGGGAUGAUGAGGAAGAUUUACUUGAUGAGAAUGACCAGUCCCGUGAAGCAGUGUUCAACAGUGAUCUUGUUCAACAUGGUGAAGAUGGGGAAUGGCAGCGCUCUACUUCAACUACCUCAUCUCAGAGUGAACAGGCAGAGAAACUGUUGCAGAAUCAGCACAAGAGCCUGGCCUCUGAGGACACCAAAAAGAAGAGGGCUCAGAAACCUUCUCACAUGAGGAGGAACAUAAGGAAGCUGCUGCGGGAGGACCAGCUGGAGGCUGUGACAAAAGCAGCCCAGCAGGAGGAGUUGGAAAGAAGGAAACGACUUGAGCAGCAAAGGAAAGAUUAUCAAGCCAGCAUCCCCACUGUACCCCUAGAGUUUCUCCCAGAAGAGAUUGCUUUAAGAACUGCAGAAGUUGCUCAGCUUCCCCCUCAAGUAUUAGCUGAAGAAGUCAUCUGCUUAGACAGCACCAGCAGCGGUAGUGACGAUGACUCUAAAGGAAGACUCCAUAGCAUUAAAGAUGAAGUGAUAGAAUUGAGUUCAGGAGAAGAUGAAGCCCUCCAGAUUGUAGACAGCAGUGAUUCUGGCAACGAAGGAGAUGAAGAUGCUACUGAAGAGAGCAGUGGUGCUCAUGUGAAUGAUGCUCUAAAUCAGUUAGAUGCUUCAGGACAAGUAAUUGUCAACAUCAACCAUCCACCAAACGAAGAGGACAUUUACCUGGCUCCUCAACUUGCACGAGCAGUAAAGCCACACCAGAUCGGCGGUAUCCGCUUCCUGUAUGAUAAUCUGGUGGAGUCCCUGGAAAGAUUUAAAACCAGCAGUGGAUUUGGCUGUAUCUUAGCUCACAGCAUGGGGCUGGGCAAGACCCUCCAGGUCAUCUCUUUUUUGGAUGUACUUUUCCGGCACAUUGAGGCAAAGACUGUCCUAGCCAUUGUACCCGUAAACACUCUUCAGAAUUGGUUAGCAGAAUUCAACAUGUGGCUCCCAGCACCCGAAGCCUUUCCUGCUGACUACGACCCAAACGAGAUUCAGCCUCGCACCUUCAAAGUCCAUAUCUUGAAUGAUGAACAUAAGACCACAGCUGCUCGCGCCAAAGUAGUAACUGAUUGGGUGACAGAUGGUGGCGUGCUGCUAAUGGGUUACGAGAUGUACCGUCUUCUUUCAUUGAAGAAAUCCUUUGCCACAGGCAGAAAGAAAAAAAGCAAAAAGCAGACUGGCCCUGUCAUUAUUGAUUUGGAUGAAGAGGAUCGUCAGCAGGAGCUCUUAAAGGGAAUUGAGAAAGCUUUAUCCCGUCCUGGGCCAGAUGUAGUUAUCUGUGAUGAGGGACACCGGAUAAAGAAUUGUCAUGCUAGCACAUCUCAGGCCUUGAAGAGCAUCCGAUCUCGGCGACGGGUGGUACUCACUGGCUACCCUCUGCAAAACAACUUGAUUGAGUACUGGUGUAUGGUGGACUUUGUCCGUCCUGACUUCCUUGGUACCCGGCAAGAGUUCAGUAACAUGUUUGAGCGCCCCAUCCUGAAUGGACAGUGUAUUGACAGUACCCCUCAAGAUGUUCGUCUCAUGAGGUAUCGCAGUCAUGUCCUGCAUAGCCUGCUGGAGGGCUUUGUACAAAGGCGAGGGCACAAUGUGCUGAAAAUUCAGCUUCCUUAUAAGGAAGAACAUGUCAUCUUGGUGCGUUUGUCAAAGAUCCAGCGAGCUCUUUAUACUGAGUUCAUGAAUCGGUUUCGUGAUGCAGGCAACAGUGGCUGGCUGGGACUAAACCCUCUCAAGGCUUUCUGUGUCUGUUGUAAGAUCUGGAAUCAUCCCGAUGUGCUCUAUGAAGCAUUACAAAAAGAGAAUUUGGCAAAUGAGCAAGACCUGGAUGUGGAUGACCUUGGCACAGCUGGUACCAACUCACGUUGCCAGUCACAGGGAAUGAAAGUGAAAACUGAGAAUAAUGCUUUGACAUCACCAGUUGGGGAAGCUACCAACAGCAAAUACAUUCAGGGCAUUGGCUUCAAUCCCUUUCAAGAAAGAGCCAAUCAGGUUGUAACUUAUGAGUGGGCAAAAGAUAUCCUUUGUGAUUACCAGACAGGAGUUUUGCAAAAUUCACCUAAGAUGGUGUUGCUGUUUCAUCUUGUGGAGGAAAGUGUGAAACUUGGAGACAAAAUAUUAGUCUUCAGUCAGAGCCUCUCCACGUUGUCUGUCAUUGAGGAUUUCUUGGCAAAGAGACCAGUGCCUUCUCUCCCAGGCGUGGAAUCGCAAGGAAUCCAUAACUGGGUCCGAAAUGUGAAUUAUUAUCGUCUGGAUGGCAGUACUUCAGCUUCGGAAAGAGAGCGGCUGAUUAACCAGUUCAAUGACCCCAGCAACACUUCUGUUUCUCUCUUCCUUCUUUCCACACGAGCUGGAUGUUUGGGUGUGAAUCUAAUUGGUGCAAAUAGAGUGGUGGUAUUUGAUGCUUCCUGGAAUCCAUGUCAUGAUGCUCAGGCAGUGUGUCGAGUGUAUCGUUAUGGACAGAAGAAGCCCUGCCACAUCUAUCGAUUAGUUUCCGAUUUCACCCUGGAGAAGAAAAUUUAUGACCGCCAGAUCUCCAAACAAGGGAUGUCAGAUCGUGUUGUGGAUGACUUGAAUCCAGUGUUGAAUUUUACCCGGAGGGAGGUAGAGAACUUGCUGCACUUUGUGGAGGAGGAACCCGAAGCUGUCCAGCAUUCGUUCAGCCCCGGCAAGAUGAAGAUCAAGGAAUCUGUCUUAGAGCUGGCCUGUCUCAAGUAUCCUCACCUCAUCACCAAGGAGCCUUUUGAGCAUGAGUCGCUGCUGAUUGACCGUAAGGAGCACAAGCUCACCAAGGCAGAGAAGAAAGCAGCCAAGAAGAGCUAUGAGGAAGAGAAACGUGCUUCUGUCCCAUACACCCGUCCCUCUUAUGCUCAGUAUUACCCAGCCACUGACCAGAGCCUAACAGGCAUACCUGCCUUCAGUCAGAGGAACUGGCGACCAAGCCUCAAAGGUGAAGAUAGGCCAGUGGCAAGUGUACGUCCUGUUCAGUCCACCCCCAUUCCUAUGAUGCCUCGCCAUGUGCCCUUGGGCAGUAUGGGAUCAGCUUCGGUUUCCAAUCCUGCUAUCAAUUUCCCCAUUAAUUACCUGCAGCGAGCUGGUGUUCUUGUGCAGAAGAUUGUCACCACAACAGAUAUAGUGAUUCCAGGUACAAACACUUCUACUGAUGUGCAGGCAAGAAUCAGUGCUGGAGAGAGCAUCCACAUUAUCCGUGGAACAAAAGGGACAUACAUCCGGACCAGUGAUGGACGGAUCUUUGCUAUUCGGACCACUAGCAAGCCAAAGGGCAGUGACGAUCAUCACAUGGUUGCCUCAGGAUCCCAAGGUCCAGCUCUUGAAUCCACAAGUAAUGGCAGACAUAAUGCCUCAUCGCCCAAGAUUCCCAAUUCAGAGGAGCUCACUCGGCCUAUCUCCCCCGACAGCCCUGAAAUCAUCAGUGAACUGCAACAGUAUGCAGAGGCAGCAGCUGCCCGUGAGUCCAGACACAACUCUCCUAGCACCAACACUGUACCUGGACACCCAUCCCAGAAAGACAACGCAGCAGCUCGUGGAACUGAGCAGCGAGCAGGGACUCGUGGCUUGGCUUCCUCGUCCUCUUCAGCCCUGCCAGCCCCCAGCCACCAUGUUGACAGCCACUCAGUGCUGGACCUAAGAGGGAACAAGCGCAAGUCAGCUUCACCAUCUGGCCCAGAGGAGCAGGCCCAUCGGCAGCAGAAGAAGCGCUCACUGACAACAACGGUCCAACCUUAUGAAAGUGGGUACCCUGUCUCUGGUGGGUUCACCAUGCCCUCUGUCCCUUUAAACCACAACCUUGCCCAUCCAUUUCCUCCCCAAGCAGGCAACUCCUUGUACAUGGGCACAGGCUCCUCCUAUUACCAGCUGCCUAGUUUGCUAUCAGACCCCCAUCUGGUCUUUCCUGUGACUACUGACCCUCUGCUGACAGCCGGCACUGCUAGUUCCUCUGCUGCUACCUCAGCCACCGCCAGCGUCCCCUCUUUCAUGUUAAACCCCUCCAUGACGGGGAUGCUAUCCAACUACUCGCUGCCCUUCACGCAGUCACUCCUGCCUGAGCCCAGGAUGUUUGCUCCUUUUCCAACCCCAGUCUUGCCCAGCAGCCUUCCCAGGAGCAUGGCAUCUGCCUUUCCUGGCUUCAUGUCCUCUCAUUCGGGAUAUCCAGCUGGGGGCCUCCUUCGGUCCCAGGUGCCUCCAUUUGAUACCCAUGAGGUCUCUGAGGUGGGCUGCAGCUCCAACGAUGAUGAGGACAAAGAUGAUGAUGUAAUAGAGAUCACAGGGAAGUAACGGGCCUAGUCUCUGUUAGAUCUCAACUCAGCCAGGAGGCAAAAAUUCCUCACUGGACCUUUCUGGGGUCAGGAUUUUACAUCCAGGACACAGCAGAGGUGGAGGAGGUUGGGAAGGAGGUGGCGUAUUGAGUUGUCAAAGAUCUGCUUUGUAUGGGGAACUGUGCUGAAUGGACACCCACCCCACAGGUGUGGAGGAGCAAGGGGGUUGUGGGAGGGAAGUAAUACUGCAAACCAUAGGAGUGCCUCCUUGACUUUCCCUCCCACGCUCUGUAUUGUCCGAAAGGGAGGCCUGUCAUUAUUUUUCAGUGCCCUUUGUUAGGCUGGAGACACUGGGUUGAACAUUUUGUUUUUGUCUGUGGAAUAACUCAAACACGAACUGCCUUAUCUGUGAAAGUUCAGUACCCCACGGUAAAUAGGGGGUGAGUUUGUGCCCUAGGAGACAUGAUGAUGAAUAGCAUUAUUAACUGAGGGAGGGAGGCGGGGUUGGAAGGAGCAGGCAAUAUAUAAUGCGUAGGUUGGGAGGGUGCGGGUGGGGCAGGGUCUAUGUGAAAACCAGUUUUGUCUUUCAUCCGUCUGAAAGCUGAAGACAUACUAGUCUGGUGGGAGUCUUCACCAGGCCCUUAUUGAAUGGCAUCAGGAGGAAGGGAGAACCGGUCCUGAUAUGCAGCUUGCCUGCCACCUUUCCGAAGAGAUCGAUUUGGAAGGCAAGGAUCUUCGUAGGCUCAAGUUUCAUCCUGGCUUCUUCAGCAAGGUGGGCGUUAGGAUUUGUACCAGUCUUUUAGUGAGGUAGUGCUUGGUGGGGAAAUUUAAGAGGAUUUCCCAGCUCCCUCUCUAGCUUCUUGUGGUGAUUGCUUUCCCUCUGCUAAGGAGCAAGUCAAAGGAAGUGCAGCAGUCACGCUCCUGUUGACCACAGGAAGUUCAACCUCUCACAAAAGGGGUGCAGUUGAGAGCCUUGCUGCUGCCUGUGUUUUGGCUGACAUUGUGAUUGGACUGACCUUCUCCUUCCACAGAAUGGUUUUGUUAAUUUAUUUCAGGAAAGCAAACUAUUUAUUUUGGUAUUUUUUUCCUUUUCUCCUUCUUCCUUGCUGUAAACGAUGGCCUCUACAGAAAGCAGUGGUUGUUCUCAGGAUGGUCUGUAUGGGGAAGGGUUGGGGAGACAAACAGACUGCUUGACCAAAGCAGAGGCAAUGUGCAGGACCAAGACAGAACAUACAUGCACACACGCAAAGUCAGUUUCCACAGUUGCUCAACCGAUAAAGCAUCCAGCAAUCCUUAUACUCCUUGUGCCUCUUUAGAGAAACAUGUGGCAACAUUGCAGGUGGUUAGUUAGGGUUAGCUGGAGCCCUGCUUGGUGUCUAGCAGUUUCCUUUGCAGGGGGCCACGUACCAGACAACAGAAAAGCUGACGUUAAAUUGUGCCUCCACGUUGGUUGGAGAGGUUGGUGACUCAAGCAAGUUCCCACCAUUCCAGUGGAUCAUGAGGCUGAACGUAGUUAAGGCUUUGGGAAGUGAAGUCCACUCUACACUGUGACUAGGCUCUGGUCCAAGCUUAUUCUGUUUAUAUGUAGCCACAAGUGUGUGCAAGGAGAUGUCACUUGCUUCCAUAGAAGGCUUCAUGAAGAUAGGGAGUUGCAUGGGUUUGACAGGUAGACCAGUGCCUGUCUUUCCUUCUGCUGGGGGAUGGGAUACCUACAUAGAUGGUGGAAUGGUCCCCACAGCCUCUCUUAAAAGGGUAGCACCAGGUACUCAGUUUUCAUUUCUUCAGGCUUUUAAAGCAUUAGCAUUCCAGGGAAAGGAAGGGAGGCACUGAAUGCCCAUGGCAUGUUGGCCAUGGCAAGGAACCAGAGGGAGGGUUGCUUAGCCUUGUGCUAAGCAAGCCUUUUUGGAAUAGUGGUUGAGACCCCAUUCUCGCAUGAUCUUUAUUAGGUGGUUAAAAUGGAAACCUCUCCACACCACAGAAUUUGACAACGGUAGUGUGAGAAUUCAGCCUUUGUCCACACUGCUGACGGUCUGCCAAGACCCACACUUCAAGAGACAGUGGCCAGGUGUUCUACAUAAUUGUGUGUCAGACAGAUCGGAAAGCUCUCAGUGUACAUGUGUGUGCGUGUGCUUGUAUGAACCAUUAAUAAGCAUGUAAUGUUGGGCUUUCUGACUGUCUCUGUUUCUGGGAUGCUGUCCGUUGGACCUGACUUCACCAUCCGUAGAAGCCUUAGAUUUACAGUUAGCUAUGCAAAUUACUUUAAUUAUUUUAAAAUAAAAACAUUAAAAUAGUGCUUUCUUCUUGAACAUAUCCUAGGAGUUGACAACCGAGGGGUUCUGAGCAAACUUCUGGACAACUUGUCUUUGGAUGCACCAUGGGAAUAAAACACACACACACAAACACAACCCCCCACAAAACUAGCAAAGCAAAUUAAUUGAUGGUGUCCAUUCGCAUUUCUCCAGACUUGGCCAUAGUACGUCUGUGAGUCAUGCCCUUUUGUGACUUGUAUGUGUCCACCCCAUGCAAAAUAUGAUGGCACUGAUUGUACUGUAAACUCAGCUGUCUUUUGCAACCCUCUAAGUGGACUUGGGGACUGGAUGAUAGGAAAGGUGGGAUCUUGCUUGAGCAGCCAGGAUUCAGAGCAGCUGAAGCCUAAGCAAGGAUAUUUGUUUCUGUCGGUUUCAGGCAGACCGAGUCUUUAGUGCAUGGUGUUUUUUACAGCAUAGCUAAUAAUAACCUGAAACAUCCUGCCAGUUCCUGUCUUUGUUUCAGCUGAAUCACAAAUUUGACAGGACAGGUUAACAGGCAAACAUUUCUGUAUUCUGUCUGUUUCUUCAAACUGUGUUUCUUUCUGAUUCUGUUGUUUCUUUUGAAGAAUGUACAAAGGGCUCACCAGACCAGACAGGUUUUUAGCACAUCCUCACUGUAAUAGGGGAAUAGAUACAUCUGGGAUUAAGUAAACUAGGCCUUGUAACUGUUGGCGUUACCCAACAGUAACCACCUUUUUAAAUAGGAAUGGAAGGUAACUUUAGUUGUAGGAAAUGGUGUAUGCCUGUAACUUACAACGCUAGCCACUGGAUGGCAGUGUUGCAUCACAUGCAUUAUUUAGGUUUUAAAAGACCUUAUUUUGAAAAACUGGCUUUUGUACUUGGUUAAGAAAGCUAUAAAAUGUCUGUCUGUCUGUCUAUGCACAUCUCUCUCUCUCUCUCUCUCUCUCUCUCUCUCUCUCUCUCUCUCAGCUAACCUUCUAAUGUUAGCAGAAAGCUUGAGAAUGUAAUUGCAUGACUGACAAACUUCAGUCCACCUCCCUAUCUCUCUUAAUACCUUCCAUUAGACCAGUCACUUUCUGUAAACUUUGGAGAGAAGUACAUUUGUUGGGAUGGAUGCCUCUACUUCAGCAAGUGCCUGAGCUGGGUCUGUUUCCCACCUAUAGGGAGUUAAACUGAUUUUUGUCUCUAAGUGAUUGAAAUGUUCAUUCCCCAGUGCUUGCUGAGAGAAAAUCCCAUUGCCAGAGUGGGAGUGAAGAGGACACUCUUCUGCUGUACGCCCUUGUUGCUCCCAGAGGGCACAAAACACCCUGCUUCUCAAAAUACUUCAUCUCUCCCAGGUGUUCACCUUCCCCUGUAAAGCUGUGGCUUCUGACAGCAUAACCAAGGGGUGACUGCUGUGCCUUUUUGUGAAGGGCAGUGAAUGCUCAGUGAGAAUGGCUUUGUGACUUACAUAGCAGAAGGUCAGAAAGGUCCCUUCCUUGAUGCAGCUGCAAUCCCGAGGAAUGUAGUGGCCAUUCAAAAAUAGUAUCUAUGGUUUGUGUUGUAGAGAGAUCUCUGGAGCCACCCUUAGGCACUGGGUGGUCCUUGACAGUACAGUCACUUUUUCUUGCUAACUCUUGGCUAGAUUCCUGUUGCUAACCCUGAUGGGCUCUGCUUGGACCUUUGUGACUUGAACUGCAACAUUUUAGACAACAAAAGAAUUGAGGGUGUUAACUUGUGCUGUUUAGCUUUUUACAGAUGCUACUACAGAUCCUAGAUGCACGUGGCUAAGGCCAUAGGAUGCUCUUGCACACACCAGGAGCAUGUGGACCACCCUUUUCAGGCUGUGUUGUCCAUUGCAAGGUGAUUUCCAUAUACUGUAGCAUUUCUGCAGCAGCUUAGAGCAACACUAUUCAGUCUAAGUGGUACAGAAUGAAACUUGACCCCUUUAAUAAAUGCUAUGGGGAAAGAGGUGACCUUAAACUGUGAUGUUUCCCAACCUUGAUAAGUGCACUCUCCGUUCUGCUCCAGCUUUGGGCAGUAUACAAUUUUAAACUGAUCAAGAUUUUAUUUGGACACAUAAUGCCUCUGAUGGAUAGCUUUCAUUCAUUUUGUGGGCAUAGAACUGGGGGACUUCAACCACAACCAUCCUAAGAGUUGUAUGUAUAUGUAUGCAUGUGUACUAAUUUCUGGGUGCUGUCUCUUUACCACACUUUCAUAUGACCAAGAGAUAGAAACCAGGAUGGGCUUUGCCAGGUGAGGGCAGGCUUUGUAUGCAGUCACCUGGUUUGCACAUAACACUAACUCAUGGUUAAGAGUUAUGAGGAUCAGACCUUGGGUUCGUGUGUUUCCCUCUCUUUUAGUGCAGCUAUGAGGACACAGGAAAUUUCCACUUCUGUUUUAGAUUAAACCACAGUUUACUAUUAUGACCGAACUCUAAACUGCUUAAUCUAACUAUGGUGUUCUUUUUUGAAACAAUCCAACUUCUUCAACUGUGGUUUGAAGUUGACUUGUUUCAACAAACCAUAGUUAACGAUUAGCUUGUCUGAGUUUGAACAAUGCAGCAAGCUGUAGUUAAUUUAAAACUGAAGUGAAUGCAGCCAUGCCAGAGUGGGGGGCAUGUGAGCCCAAGGAUGGCCCAGGUGCAUUCUCAUUACCCUAAAGCAGGGGUGGGGAAACUUAUUUUCUGUUGAGGGGCCACAUUCCCUCAGGCGUAAUUUGUUAGGGCCAUAUGCCAGUCUUAGGUAGGCUGGAGCGAGGCCACUCCCUUCUCUGUCCUUCUACCCUGCACAGCAGUCUGCCAGGGAAGAAACACAUCGCUCCUGUCAGAGGCUAAAGCAAUUGCUGGGAGAGGGCUCCUCAUUCAAUUUCCCCCCCUUCUGCCCUCUUCCUCAACCCUCCUGAAAUUAGUCUGAGGGCUGCACUAAAGUAUGGUUUAGUGUUGUGUUCAAACCAGCCCAUUGGCUCCGGCUGAGCUCGAGACAAAGUUAAGUGGGCUGCUGUUUCAGGCACAGUUUUAAGGAGACGAAAUCUGACCGCAGCCCCAAGUAAGGCUGCCAGACGUCUGCAAUAUACAGACAUCCUCUCUCAUCAUGGCUGUAUUGCUAGAUUCAAAGAAAGCUGAUUCAUAUUGUGUUACCCUGAUUAUGGGAUCAAAUGAUAGCAGUGCAAUUGUUCAUGGGAAGAUUUCAUGGCAAGGCAGUAAAAUUCUACAUGUAUUUGUGCUGAAAUCUUGUUUUAGCCACUGCAAUUAAACUGCACUGUACAAGAUGUACAAUUAAACUGGAGAAAAUUAUCUGUGGACCCACUGAACAGAAAAAUAUACACCAAUAAAAUAACAAUAAAGUCUUGCAUUUUUUCUUUAACACCAAAACCAUAUUAAACCAAGCCUGUUGAUGUACAAGCAAAAGGGCAUUUAGUCCUUGUGGGAAUGUUAGCUCCCUGUAACUCAAAGAAGAAAGCAAAUUUUCUGGAUAGGUGGGAAGAUGCUGCCAGUUCAGGGUGGAUCAGCAAUGAAUGGGAGAAGCUGGCAGAGGGGGUGGACGGGGUUCUUUUUCUUCUUUUGCUCUGUGUUGAAACAAGACCACUAACAGCUGCCCACAGCUGCUUUGUUUCUUGGGUUCUAUAUUAUUAAUUUCCCAGCUUCUGUUCUCUGUCCCUCCAUUAAAUCCAUUUGUACAUGGGAGCUGAGUGAAUCCAAUGGUUUCCUUAGUUUGUUUCUGUUCCGCCUCUAGUUUGUGGCCUGUCUUUUGUAAUUGGGAAAAAAUGGCAUUUCUGUAGCAGGGUCAGUUGGUCGGCUGGUCGGCACACGUGGGUCAUGUGCUUCCCUCAUCUCUCUGUCUAAUGGGAUGCGCUCGCCCAAUCUCCCAGAACAGAGACAUUGAACAAUUUUGUUGUUUAUAUGAUGUAUUUAUUUUUACUUGUGUUUCAUGUCAUUUUUUAAAAAAAUAAUAAAUUGUAAGUUGGUAUAA